AUUGAUGCUUAAGCUUAAUGAUUUCAAACUGGAUUCAUCCUCAGGUCAAUUUUUGAAGCAAGAAUGGCCGAAUACAGGAAGAUCAUGGAGACUUGAAGUUGACACGGACAUAAUUCCUGGAUCACUUUCCAAGCCACUGCAACUUUGUUGGGAAGAUGAUAUUCAGAUGAAGGCAAUUCAUAUUGAUAGAAUGGAGAACCUAAAAAUACUCUACAGAAGUUAUGUACUGGAUUACCCAGAAUUCAAACAGAUCUUGACAGAUUUCAUCCUGCAAGUAACACUGGAUAAGCCAGAAAAUAUUGUUGAAUAUACAAUGGCAUUUUUUGCAUCUUUCGAACAGAGCAAUGGUUAGAACUGUAGAAGUUCUCAGUUACUAAGGAAAAGGAUUUACAGCUCUCAGUGCUUGAAGUAAUAGAAGAUAUGUUAAAUAUAAAAAUCAUUUAUUACGUACAACUAUAACAGGCCUUCUUCAUUGCGAAUAUAUUCUCCGAUGUCUGCUUGAUGAAAGCACACGGUUGCUAAUGGAUCAGCAUGCUUGCACUCUGCUGUGCUGCGAGCUGCUACACCAAAUCCCUGAAGAAAAA